AUGCUCUUUGCGGAUGCCUCGGCUUGUAUCACCAUCAAUGGUCGACAGUCUUCAGCCUUUGGCCUCUUCCGCUCUAUUCAGCAGGGUUGCCCUUUAGCUCCCUCACUGUAUGUGCUUGCCGCUGAAGGGUUUGGCAUUUCAUUGCCUAAUUCUCAGUUGCAAUUACUCAAUGGGCACUUUGCGGAUGACUCUUUUCUCACUCUCUUGGAGGAAGAGGAGACUAUUCGUGAGGCGCUCAAGUGCCUCAAUAUAUUUUGUCUUGCUUCAGGCUCCGCCAUUCAGUGGCACAAGACGCUUUGUUACCGGCAGUCUAUUCUGCCUUGUCCUGCUUUGCUGCAACCCUAUGGCUGGAAGUGGAUUGGGCCAGGCGAAACUUUCCACUUUUUGGGCAUUCCUUUUGCCUUUCAAGCCUCCCCAGCGGAGCUUUGGCAGGUUGUGCUUGCUCGGGUGGAGAAAAAACUGGCUUAUUGGGUCACCAAGCCUUUGUCUUUGGUGGGGAAGUUCCAGAUUUGUUCUAAAGUUCUAGCCGCUACUCAUGUUUAUUAUUCCUCUUGCUGGCUGCCUUCUAAAGUUGCUUAUAGCAAGCUUGAAAAAUUACUUCAGGACUUUCUUUGGGCUUCCUCUAAUACCCACCAUGGAUUCCAUCGUGUCACCUGGGAUUUAUGUUGUCUCCCUAGGGACUCUAGAGGCUUGGGUUUGUUGUCCACCCAGAGACAAGGAAUUGCCUUAUGUGUCAAAUGGGUUAUUCGCACCCUUACGGGUGAUGAGGCUUGGAAAAUUGUUCUUCGCCACUGCAUUCAGUUUGGUUUCCCUGACAACAGACCGGCCUGGAAAGGAAUUGGCCUCUAG